GAGUUCGGAAGGACUUUCAGGAGGCUGUGCCUCCGGGUUGCAAGAAGCGGCCAAGUCGUUUCUCAGAAAUCUCUGAUAGGCGGACCUGAGAGGAAACGCCGCAGAGUGCCACAAGAAGCAGAAGGCACACCCCUGCCUGCCUGGGAGACAGAACUUGGAGGAGGAGGCGUGGCAGUGCAUCUGCCAGAAGAGUCUAGAGAAACGCUUCCUCGGAAGGAAGAGAGGGUUGACGGAAGGAGCUGAAGCCGCCAGGAGACAUGGCCUCGGGCUCCGGCCCAGCUUCACAGCAGCUGUGCUCUCAGUCAGGCGUGUGCCACUAGGACGGCAGCCAUGGACGGAGCCCGCGGUGCGGUCCUGCAGGUGCAGCCGCUCCCACCCACCGGCAGUGCUACUCCUGUGAGCGAGGGAUCCUUCUCCUACAAGGAAAACUUGAUUGGUGCCCUCCUGGCCAUUUUCGGGCACCUUGUGGUCAGCAUUGCACUUAACCUUCAGAAGUACUGCCACAUCCGCCUGGCAGGCACCAAGGACCCCCGGGCCUACUUCAAGACCAAGACAUGGUGGCUCGGGCUAUUCCUGCUGCUGCUGGGGGAGCUGGGCGUGUUCGCCUCCUACGCCUUCGCUCCCCUCUCGCUCAUCGUGCCCCUCGGCGCAGUCUCUGUGAUAGCUAGUGCCAUCAUAGGGAUCAUAUUCAUCAAAGAAAAAUGGAAACCAAAAGACUUCCUACGGCGCUACAUCCUGUCCUUCAUUGGCUGCGGGCUGGCCGUUGUGGGCACCUACCUGCUGGUGACUUUUGCACCCAACAGUCACGAGAAGAUGACGGGCGAGAACAUUACUAGGCACCUUGUGAGCUGGCCUUUUCUGCUGUACACGCUCCUGGAGAUCGUGCUCUUCUGCUUGCUGCUGUACUUCUACAAGGAAAAGAACGCCAACAACAUCAUUGUCAUUCUCCUCUUGGUGGCCUUGCUCGGCUCCAUGACAGUGGUGACAGUCAAGGCUGUAUCUGGAAUGCUGGUCCUGUCCAUCCAAGGGGACCUGCAGCUCGACUACCCUAUCUUCUACGUCAUGUUUGUGUGCAUGGUGGCCACCGCCAUCUACCAGGCUGCGUUUUUGAGUCAAGCCUCCCAGAUGUACGACUCCUCCCUGAUUGCCAGCGUGGGCUACAUCCUGUCCACAACCGUGGCCAUCACAGCAGGUGCCAUCUUCUACCUGGACUUCAUCGGGGAGGAUGUGCUGCACAUCUGCAUGUUUGCGCUGGGGUGCCUUAUUGCCUUCCUGGGUGUCUUCCUCAUCACUCGAAACAGGAAGAAGGCCAUUCCAUUUGAGCCCUAUAUCUCCAUGGAUGCCAUGCCAGGUAUGCAAAACAUGCAUGACAAGGGGAUGGCAGUGCAGCCCGACCUCAAGGCGUCUUUUUCCUACGGAGCCCUGGAAAACAAUGACACCAUCUCUGAGAUCUACGCACCUGCCACACUGCCAGUCAUGCAAGAAGAACACGGCUCCAGGAACACCUCUGGGGCUCCCUACCGAGUUCUGGAACACAAGAAAGAAUGAGCUCCUCCAGAAUGAGGUUCACCUAUCCCGGAUUUGUGACCGCUUAGGCGCACCUAACAGUGGUCUGCCCCUGAUUCUUGCUUUUCCAAGUCUGCUUUUUUUUUUUUUAACUGAGACAGUAACGGGCGGACACAGUAGACACGGGGUGGUUGUCUCGGUUUUGCACAUUGCCUGCCUAGAGCUAGCGUGAGGCAGAGACUGCAUUCUCAUUGUGCAAAUCCAGCGGAAGACUGGUGUGACUCGUGUCUCCCGGCUUCCCCUGCCUGCCAUGCAUGUCCGCUUCAGCCCAUCCCACUCCUAAAUCCUUGUGUGCAGUGGCAUCCAUGCUCUGACCAGGUAUGCCUGCCUGCUAAAUGUCUGAUGGAGACGCACUUCAUGUGUGUAUAAAGGAUCCACUCGGAAAACUGGCCUGGGUCUGGGCCCACAGUAACUUCAUGGUGGCUGUACCCCAAACCUCUCCUCCCCUAACCCUCCCCCCCCCCCGCCCGCAAGGAGCUAAGAAGUCAGAAAAAGAGGGAGGAAAAUAGGAGGGGCAGGAGCAAGGGGCUGAGACAUUAACCACAAAGGGAGAAAACUCUCUGAAUCUUCCAGAAUGCAAAUGCAUGGCAUGUAAAGGAGACAGAACUUCUGGCUGUUUAAUGGGUUACUUUUUUUUUCCUGCCUCCCCCCCCCCGCCCACCUCCUUUCUCCCUCCCCCCAGGAAGAUCCAAAUGGGGCGGGGCUCACUGUGGAGAGCUGCCUUCUCUCCUCUGUAGAGCCACCCACUAACACUGCUUCAGGUCACUGGGGUCCUCUGGCCCUACCUGCAGGUCUAGGAGAAUUCAGCCUUCACAAACCUGCCCCAGCCGUGGCACAAUAGAAUUCCCUUAGACUGAUAGCAGCCUGUCAAAGAAGACAAGGAGAGCUUUGGCAACCUAGAGGAGCAUGGAUAUCCCUGGGAGUUCACUUAGAAGGCAUUCUCCCACCCCUAGCUGCAGGGUGCUGAGUAGAGGGCACUCAGAACUGACUCUGCAGUUAACCUUGACUCUGGAGUCUGGAGACCGUAGGCUGAGACCCCAGUUUCUCCCAAUCUGUACCUGUACUCUGGCCUACUGCUCCCAAGCUGUAGCCUUGUCCCUCUCACAAGGCACCUCUUCCAUUGCACCUGCUGCUUCCCAAGGCAGCUCCCAACCCACAGUGUUCCCAGACCAGUGUUCAGAGAUGGUGCAUCUGUGGGUGGUGCUUUCUGCUGACUCGGUCCCUUGCUUUUGAAGACUCCCAUCUGUUGCUGCAAUAACCCUGCUGUGUAAUGUCUGAGAGAUCCAAGAAGGCAACAGUUGGCUUCAUCCUUGAACUGUGUGUUAAGUAUCCAGAGGAUGGAGCGCCAAGAAGA